AAUGUUGUCAAGUCUGAGAGUCAACUCCGACCUGAGUAUAGGUAUCAAAAAGGUACAAUACAUGUUCUAAGGUUCUCUUUUCCCCCCCAGUAGCAGGGAUAAGAACCCUUCACAUGCUUCAAAUCGAUACUGUAUAUGUAUGUAUGCAUGUAUUUAUUUAGUUCCAUAGUAGUAGUCAUCAGUCGUCCAGGCCCUGCAAGCUAAACCAUCAAGCGUUGUCCUCUCACUGUUUCUCCCCCCCAUGACACCACUUAUUUUCACAUGCCCGAGCCUUCUCAGCAAAUAAGAGGGCAAGCUUAAGUCAGCGGAACGUCAUGUUUCACCUGAUGAUCAUAUUUCUUCAAUUCUUAUUGCUCGAAGCUUAGAGAUCUGCCAAGGACAAGAUUUACCCGGGGUACGAUUUGUUUGUCCCCUUAUGCGAGUCUGUAUGCCAUGUUCCCUGUGAUCCAUUUCAAUCAAGAGCGUACCCAAAUACCAUAUAAAUAUACACAGCAUAGAAAAGCCCGCUAUAAGAAUCACUAGACAAGAAAUCUCUAUCCCUAAGUUGUCAUAUUGACUAGUACCCCAGGGAAUGGGCCAUCCCCAGACCCGUAGACGGGAGGAUCGGUGGCGGAUUACCCCAUAUCCAAACCUUUCCCUUGCCUAUUGUAGAAGUACCUCGGACCGAGACAUCUUAAGGUUGUCCGCCAAUUUCCAGCCAGCUUGUGCACUAAAGAUAUGAAUGGGUCCAAGUCGCAUCAGGCCAUAUUCAUAAUAAACACCCCUUUUCUCUACCUACUGUCGUACCUCCCGUUUUCCGUUUUUGCUUCAGCUCAACAUCACCUCUUGCUCUUGACAGCCUGGGCGCCGUUACUGACGGCUAUUGAUCACGUGCAUAUUUCGGCUAUUGACAUAGCUGGUUGCUCUGCCAAUAGGAGCGGGGUUCUCAAUUGCCGCGCCAGUGGAAUGACACAAGAGGUACCGCGGGCCCCGGUCCGUUAACUGAAAUUGCUGAUUUGGGCCCGGUGAAUAGCCGAUGGACAGUAACUGGAACUUAGCUACAGGUCAAU